ACUGCUAACGAUGGCCUUGGUUGGUAGGUGAGUGAGUGAUAAGACGACUAGCGCUGUCAGGGAAACGAAAAUGCUACAAAGCAUCCGAAUCUCAAUUAAAUAUGAACCAAUCUCAUGAGAAGAACAGCAGCAGCGACGGCACAAGUUCCAUGGGCUCGACGCCAAUCGCCACAAUCACUGCCACUCCCACACCUACUUCCAAUGCUGUUGUUGUGGCCACGGGCACGGCCGAUGGCGAUGGUGAGAGUAAUCAUCGUCACGAUGUCAGCGACACUUUCUACACUAGUCAACGGAAAAAGGGCAGCAGCCACGUAUUCCGUGUGCGUCUAGACACCACUGGAUUCACACUGCAGCGGGAGUCACCCACUGGCACCACCAUCAAAGAGCAAACCGUGAAAAUAUGCGAUAUUGUUGGAGCCAGAUGCAUGCGGCUAAAGAAGACCCGUCGCCUGGCCAUGGCCAAUGCCUGUGCCUGCAGCAGCGGAAAUCCCAAUUCGCCGGCAAAUUCGGCAACCAGCCGAAGCAACAAUCGUAACAAUGGGGCCACACCAAGCAAGUGCAGCACAGCCAGCAAGGAGGAAUACGCCUGCGAUGGCGAUGUCAGUGCAUAUCUCUAUGUCUUUGCCUACGUCCUGAAAAAGAAAAGUUUGCGUAGCGAGCUUCAUAGAGAGCGCACGGUAUUGACUCUGCGUUUUCGUUCCUUUGACUCCUUCGAGGAUAAUAUGCGGGAGGCGGAUCGCUGGUAUCGCGCAUUGCGCUGGCAACUGCAUCAAACGCUUGAGGAUAUUUUUGUGGACCGCACCAAUGAAGAGCGUCGUCGUCGUGUUUUAGUGCUGCUUAAUCCCAAAUCCGGGUCGGGCAAUGGCCGUGAAGUCUUUAAUAUGCAUGUCUCUCCAGUGUUAAAUGAGGCUGAAGUGCCUUACGAUCUGUAUGUAACGAAACAUUCCAAUUUUGCCAGUGAACUGAUGAGUACACGUCGCCUGGAUGCAUGGUGCUGUGUGGUGGCUGUCGGAGGUGAUGGACUCUUCCAUGAGAUUGUCAAUGGUCUGAUGCAGCGUGAAGAUUGGGAGCAAGUGUUGCCCAAUAUAGCUUUGGGCAUUAUCCCCUGCGGUUCUGGCAAUGGUCUAGCACGCUCCAUAGCCCAUGGAUACAACGAACCCUAUUUUAGUAAGCCAGUUUUGGGUGCUGCUUUGACUGUCAUCAGUGGCCGCAGUUCACCCAUGGAUGUGGUACGUGUUCAGCUUAAGGAGCGCUCCGUUUACUCCUUUCUCUCCAUUGGCUGGGGCUUCAUCUCAGAUGUGGACAUUGAGAGCGAACGCCUACGCAUGUUUGGCUAUCAACGCUUUACCAUUUGGACGCUUUAUCGUCUGGCAAAUCUGCGAACUUAUAAUGGCCGAGUUAGCUAUUUGCCGAGCCAUCAAACGGGCCAGGGAGUCGGGGGUCUGGAAGGAAUGCAGGAGCCAACACUUAGGAUGUUGCAAUCCAGUCGAAGCUAUAAUACCACCCUCAAUAAGCAACAGUUGUUAAAUGUGCCAGCAAGCUUUCAUCAUUCCGUUGAAUGUUUGCCAUCAGAGUUUGCCGAUGUCAUUUCGCUGGAGACCUCCAUCAAUCAAUCCUUUCGUUCACGCUGCGAUAGUUGGCUGUCGGGGGGAUCGCGACGUAGUUACUACUAUUCCAUAUCAGAGAGCAUCUAUCAUAGUUUAGCCGAUGAAAGUGAUUUGGCCGAACAGUCACAGAUUUAUGCGGCAUCAUCCUACUUGGAAAAUCGUCCGCAGAAUUUCGGCCCUCCCAGCAGUUUACCGGAUCUGGAUCAACCGCUGUCCCCAGAAGAUGGUUGGCAGGUCGAGGAAGGUGAAUUCAUAAUGAUGCAUGCUGUCUAUCAAACGCAUCUGGGUAUCGAUUGCCAUUUUGCACCCAAGGCCCAAAUGAACGAUGGCACCAUUCAUCUUAUUCUUAUACGCGGUGGCAUAAGUCGUCCCCAUUUAUUGAGCUUUCUCUACAACAUGAGCUCCGGCACACAUUUGCCUGAGGUGAAUAAUCAGUAUGUCAAGGUUUUGCCCGUAAGAGCCUUUCGUUUGGAACCCCACGAUAAUCAUGGCAUCAUCACUAUCGAUGGUGAGCGCGUUGAAUUUGGCCCGCUACAGGCGGAAGUGUUGCCGGGCAUAGCCCGAGUCAUGGUGCCCAAGUAGUAUCAAAAGCGAACAAUUAAGAAAGGAGCAAUUUUCAAUCAACGACCUAAAUAGACCAACACAUAAACAUUCGAGCAAUAUUUAAUCUCUAUAGAAAGGAAAGAAGAAUCUGAAUCGAAACGUGGAAUCUCUGCAUUUGUAUAUGUAGUUAUUACUUAUUUUGUUAUUGGGUACUUAGGUUAGAUAACCACUGAGCGAGUUGUGUGUAUUCUUUUAUAUAAUUUUAUCAGUUUUGUCUUGUUAACAUUUAUAAAUUUAUUAAAAGUUAUUAACAAAAUAUCAUAACGAUAUAAACCCAA